AUCAAAAAUAAAUUAAAAACGCUGUGUUUACAAAAUACUAAAUACACAUUUGAGUUGUAUGUUUGUGUUUACGCAAAGUUUGUAAUUUGUAUUGCUUGUUGGACUAUCACUGUUUCAAGGACAAAGAUUUAAAUGGAAACUCCUGCCAGAGAUGUUUACUGACCCCACCCCUCCAAUUUUUGCAUCCGGCGAUGAACUUGUGCAACUUACCAGGGGAACGAUUACUAAAGAACAAAUUACUUGGAGGAAAAAACUUCAUCAAUUAAUAUUUAACGGUUCGAAACCUCUGCUUUCUUCAGCAAGGAGCAACGAACUUAAUUCAAGUCUUUCCAAUUCUUACAAGAAGAAACCGAUUCCACGUAAAGAUUCACGUUCCAACAUCGGUGAAAUGAAGGAUUUGUGGGGAAUCAAAGCGGCUGAAGCUGCUGAGUUGUCUGUGGAUGAGGUGAGCCAGCAACUACAAGCGGAUACGAAAUGGGGAUUAAGCGAUGGUGAAGUUAGUAGAAGGAGAAAAACUCAUGGAUUUAAUGAAUUUGAAAUCAAACCAGAUGACCCGCUGUGGAAGAAAUACAUUAUGCAGUUUAAAGACCCCCUCAUUCUACUACUUCUUGCAUCAGCUGUUGUUAGCAUUGUGAUGAAACAAUAUGAUGAUGCGCUAAGUAUCGCCAUAGCGAUCAUUAUUGUGGUAUCGGUUGCUUUCGUACAAGAAUAUAGAUCAGAGAGGUCAUUAGAAGAACUGACGAAACUUGUGCCACCAUCUUGUACUUGUAUGAGAGGAGGCAAACUUGAGAAGUUUCUUGCUAGGAACCUCGUGCCUGGUGAUAACGUUCAUUUCUCUGUUGGUGAUCGAAUACCUGCAGAUAUUCGCCUCUAUGAGGCUGUUGAUCUUCUCAUUGAUGAAAGCAGUUUCACUGGCGAGACCGAACCCGUGAACAAAGUUACUGAGGUUAUGGCGACAUCUGCUGGUGGAAAGUCGCAAACCAAUCGGUUUAAUGUUGCUUUUAUGGGGACUCUGGUUAGGAAUGGGAGUGGCAAGGGCAUAGUAAUAAGCACGGGUGAGAACUCCGAGUUUGGUGAAGUAUUCCGUAUGAUGCAAGCAGAAGAUCCACCUAAAACACCACUUCAAAACUCUAUGGGGGACUUGGGGAAAUUAUUGUCAUUUAUAUCAUUCUGUAUUAUUGGAGCCAUUAUGUUGCUUGGAUGGAUACAACAACGCCCUCUGCUGGACAUGUUUACCAUCGGCGUCAGCCUUGCAGUAGCUGCCAUACCUGAAGGUCUACCCAUUGUUGUCACGGUAACACUGGCCCUGGGAGUCAUGAGAAUGGCAAGGAAAAAAGCGAUCGUGAAGAAAUUGCCAAUUGUAGAAGCUUUAGGUUGUGUGAAUGUAAUAUGUUCUGACAAGACAGGAACGCUGACCAAGAAUGAAAUGACCGUCACACAAAUCUACACAGCUGACCAAGUUGUAGCAGAGGUAUCUGGAGUUGGUUACAAUGAUGAUGGAGAUGUCACUGUGUACGACCAGGUUGUCACCGCAAACUCACACCCUCUGAUAGCUACUGCAGUACAGAUUGGUGCGAUUUGCAACAACUCUCGUAUCCAUGACAACACGUUGUUGGGACAACCAACAGAGGGCGCUCUACUCGCUCUCGCUAUGAAGAUGGGGUUGGGUGAAUACCGCAACAGAUUCACUCGCGUAUCGGAGUUACCGUUCACUCAUGAUAGAAAGUGGAUGUCAGUGACUUGCUAUGAUAAUAUUGAUGUGAAUCAAAGAGAGAUAGUAUAUGUGAAAGGAGCUGUUGAAAGAGUUCUCAGUCAGUGUGAUACCUUCCUGUGUGGUAAGGAGGGGGAUUCCCCUGCAUCGCUACCACUCACCAAAGCCACCAUGGAAAACUAUUUGGAGCAAGCAAAAUUUAUGGGGAGCACAGGGUUAAGAGUCCUUGCACUGGCCAGUGGGAGCAGCAUGGGAAACCUCACUUUUGCUGGGUUGGUUGGAAUAUUAGAUCCACCACGUCCGGGGAUCAAGGAAGCCGUGCGAGUUUUAUCCGCUGCCGAUGUUUCAGUGAAGAUGAUAACGGGGGAUGCAAAGGAGACGGCUGUUUCUAUUGCUACACGACUUGGUAUAUACUCCCGAGGUGGAAUGGUGAUGUCAGGAUCCGAUAUUGAAGGUUACGACCUUAGUCAACUGGCUGAUCGUAUCGAGCACGUGGAGGUUUUCUACAGAGCAAGCCCUAAGCAUAAACUGAAGAUUGUUAAAGCAUUGCAAGAGCGCGACCUAGUGGUAGGAAUGACAGGCGACGGGGUAAACGACGCUGUUGCGCUUCGUAAAGCUGAUGUUGGUGUUGCCAUGGGAACAGCGGGAACGGAUGUUUGUAAAGAAGCCGCGGAUAUGAUUCUUGUGGAUGAUGAUUUAUCUACUAUUAUGGCAGCCAUAGAGGAAGGGAAAGGAAUCUUCUACAAUAUUCGGAACUUUGUCAGUUUUCAACUCAGCACGAGUAUUGCAGCAUUGUCACUAGUGGCGCUAUCCACAUUAUUUAAACUCCCCAACCCCCUUAAUGCAAUGCAAAUAUUAUGGAUUAAUAUCAUCAUGGAUGGCCCUCCUGCGCAAAGUUUAGGGGUGGAGCCUGUAGACAAGGAUGUGAUUCGUCGACCCCCACGUAAGGUGAAAGACCCCAUUGUGACAAAAGAAUUAAUCGCCAAGGUUCUUGUUUCAGCUACAGUGAUAGUUGUGGGAACGUUGUAUAUAUUCUGGAGGGAGAUGCGUGAUAACAUCAUCACGCCACGUGAUACAACAAUGACUUUCACAUGUUUCGUGUUCUUUGAUAUGUUUAAUGCAUUGGGGUGCAGGUCCCAGACAAAAUCAAUCUUCAAAAUUGGUUUCUUCCAAAACAAAAUGUUCCUCAUAGCAGUUGGGGGUUCAGUACUCGGCCAGUUCCUUGUUAUUUACUUUCCUCCAUUACAAGCUGUCUUCCAAACUGAGGCUCUUGGCUUCUUAGAUAUUGUUUUACUGCUUGGAAUAUCUUCAAGCGUGUUCAUUGUGUCCGAGAUCUGGAAGCAAUUGUUUGACUUCACUAUGAAGCAAAGAAGGAAAAAAUCGUUUAAAAAAUUUGCAGAUUUUGAACUCGUUUGAUGGCAGUUGAACACUCUAUUAGCGAUACGUUACGUUAAAAACGUUUAUUUAAAUUAGCUGCUUGCCAUUAUGACAUGCAGUGUUUCUGACAUCAUAAUUCAAUGUCACUUAUGGCUUUGUGAUGUCACAAUUUUAAACUGCACUGUGACAAAUGGUUAAUGAUGUGAAAUUCAUGUGACAGCAGUAUUCAUGAUUGCAUAAUAUCGUGAUUCUUUACCUUAUUAAUUCAAAUUUUCACAGCUAGUCAAUAUUGCUUUUGAAAUUUCAUCUCAUUCGUCCAAGCCAGUUAGAAAAGAACGUUAUUUAGAGCGCAACUUGUUUAAAAAAUGAAUCUUUUUUAUUAGAAUCAAGACGAAUUCAAAAUAUUUGUUUUUGUCUGAUAUAUUGUAUGCGUUUCUGUUUCAUUUUUAUCAUCCUGUUAGAAAUUUGAAAUAAAUCACAUCGUAACUGUGA